CUUUUGUCGGCUUAGCUCAUCAUAUAACUAAACUAUAAGUGCAUAGAUACAGAAUACAUAUACAAGAGCAUGUUUAUGUACAUCUCCUCUCUAAACUUGUAAGCAACGCUUGCUCCGUUUUCACUACAAAGAAAACAAAAAAUGAUGAAAAAUGGAAAUUGGGUGGUUCUGUCUUUAAUUUUCCUGUUUCUCCUUUGUGGGUUGUCUUCAGUUUCAGCUAAGCCUCCUCCUGUUAAGAUUGUAAGUGGACUUGUGACAAAUGUAGCAUCAAUGCUGUGGAAAUGGUUGUGGUCUCUUCAGACAUCCACAACCACAACAGCCACCACCAAAUCUGGUGUUUCUAGCCGUUCGAUGGUGAAAUAUGAAAGUGGAUAUAACAUAGAGACAGUGUUUGAUGGAAAUAAGCUUGAGAUUGAACCUUAUGCAGUUGAAGUUUCCCCUAGUGGAGAAGAGCUUAUUGUCCUAGAUUCCGAGAACAGUAACAUCCACAAAAUCUCCAUGCCUCUUUCUAGAUAUGGUAAACCAAAGUUAGUCUCCGGUUCACAAGAAGGCUACACUGGGCACGUGGAUGGAAAGCUCAAAGAAGCGAAAAUGAAUCGUCCUCGAGGAUUAGCCAUCGACGACAGUGGAAACAUCUACGUUGCCGAUACUAAUAAUAUGGCCAUACGCAAGAUUAGCGACGCAGGAGUCUCAACCAUCGCAACCGGAGGAAGAUUCUCUGAUGACUUUGAUUUGAUCUACGUCUCUUCAACCUGCUCUCUGUUAGUCAUUGAUCGAGGGAAUCAAGUGAUUAGAGAGAUUCAGCUUCAUGAUCAUGACUGUUCUCAUCACGAACCGGAAACGGAUCUUCAUCUUGGAACCGCUCUGCUCGUUGCUGCUGCAUUUUUUGGUUAUAUGUUUGCGUUAUUAGUACGUAGAGUACGAUCAUUGUUCUCUUCGUUUCGUCAUAAUAAUAAGAGGCAUGUGGCGAAACCGAACAUGACAAUGGCUCCAUAUCAACGUUAUCCAAGACCGGUUAGACAGCCAUUAAUUCCACCUCAAUAUGAACCGGAAAAUGAAGAAGGAUUUCUCGGUUCGCUUGGAAAGCUUGUGGUGAAAACCGGUUCUUCGGUUUCCGAGAUGAUGACAGGACCAAGGAAAGUUACUCCCCAAGACUUCCACUACCACCAUCCGCAACAGCCGAACCAGUGGCCGGUACAAGAGAGCUUUGCUAUACGGGAAGAAGAUGGACCACCGGCUUUAGAACCGAGAUCAGGUACAAAUCAGGAUAAACCCUACCUUACAGCACAAGGAACAAACCAAAACCGGUCUUAUUACCAAGAUUGUGACCAAUACCAAAACCAAAAGAAACGAAAUGUGAACGAUACUGAAGCUAACCGAGAGAACGAGAUUGUAUUUGGGGCAGUUCAGGAGCAAGACGGCCGCCGAGAAGCUAUGGUGAUCAAAGCUGUUGAUUUCAAGGAAGCAGUGAACGAUCAGCGAAACCUACGGCCAAGAAUUAAUUACAUGGGAUAUUCUUCUCAAGUUUACUGAUUACAAAACUUUCAUAAGUUACUUAGAGUGUGUCAUAUACUUUACCGCGCUAUGUUGUUAUAUAAGGAAUACUUUCUGAUUACUGAUUACAAAACUUAGUUUACAUAAGGAAUACUUUCUGAUUACUGAUUACAUAAGGAAUACUUUCUGAUUACUGAUUACUGAUUACUGAUUACUGAUUUCUGAAUACUUUCUGAUUACUGAUUACUGAUUACUGAUUUCUGAUUACUGAUUACAUAAGGAAUACUUUCUUUCAUCUGUUCCUCGCAAUACGACAAUGUGAUAGUUUACAAAAAGUGGAAAUUAAUGUUUUGUUUACUGAAAAUAGGAAAAA